CUGAGGGGCCUACUGUGUCCUGGAAAAAGUUCUUGCAGAUAGAAAUGGUGGACAACAUCCAGCUUCUUUGUGAUCCAAGCAACAAAGAAAAUCAUCUGUAAAAAACUGUUGUUCCUCCCCAGAGCAAAGAAGUUUGGAAUCACCCAACAUGGCUGACAGUCAGCAAGGCGUUGGCAGCGGGCGUGCCCGUGGUCGGGGGCGAGGCCGCGGCCGUGGGCGGGCCUCUGCAGGGCAGCAGCAGGGCCAGCCCCGGCGGCCUGGGGAGGCAGUGCCUGCCACGCCCAUGCCUACUGGUGAUGCCGAAGCCAUGCCUGCCCCAGGGAGGGGCAGAACCAGGGGUGGGGCUUCCCAGGUCCCUGGAUCAGGAGCUGCUAUCAGCAUGGAGCAAAGAGCGGCCAUGGCCGAGAGUUACCAUCCUCAUGCCCCGAGGCCAAUGCCAGCUGAAGCGCCCCCUACAGCUCAGAUGGCAGCGUUGAGCGUGGGCGGGGCCCAGGGUGCUGAGGGAGGGGGAGUCAGUGGCCGCGGCAGACAGACAGAGCUCCGCUACGGAGAACAAAAAGCACCCAGACCCAUUGAUAAGAGAGGCAAGAAAGGAAAGCCAGUGGAGGUCUUGACCAACUGUUUCCGCAUGAAGGCUGCUGAUCAGUGGCUUCUGCACCAGUACAGCGUGGACUUCAGCCCCGUUGUGGACAACCCUAGGGCACGUCAUGCCCUGCUACGGGCUCACUCUGAGAUCCUAGGCACCCCCAUGGCCUUUGAUGGGAUGAUGUUGUUCCUGCUCCGAAGGCUUGAUGAGCCGGUGACCAGGUUUCAAACCAAACGCCGUGACUCUGAUGACAUCAUCACCAUUACUGUGGCUCUCAAGAAUGCGCUGCCUCCUACCUCACCAACCUGCAUGCAGGUUUACAACAUCAUCUUCCGCAAGAUUCUUGGAUUGGUUGGUUUUGAGCAGAUUGGCCGGAACUAUUUCAACCCCAACGCCAAAAGGGAAAUCCAGCAACACAAGAUCCAGCUCCUGCCAGGUUUCAUCACCUCCAUCUUGCAGUAUGAGCAGGAGGUCCUCCUGAUGGCGGACGUCUCUCACAAGAUCCUGAGGACAGAGACAGUCUUGGACAUGCUGGCUGAGAUUGAGCAGACCAAGGGAGCAGGCUGGGCGGAUGUGGCCAAGAGAGUACUGGCAGGAGAAAUUGUCCUGACCAAGUACAACAACAAGACCUACCGAGUGGACGACAUCGACUUUAAUAUCAAUCCCAUGAACACAUUCGACAAGUUGGACGGCACUAAAAUAACCUACGCCCAGUACAACCGGGACGCGUACGGGCUAAAUAUCAGUGAUCUAGGACAGCCACUGCUGGUCAGCAAUCCAAAGAAAAGGGAUCAGCGCCGGGGAAUGAUUGAUCACAUCCACCUGAUCCCUGAGCUGUGUACCCUGACGGGGCUCAGCGAAGCUAUGCGCAGUGAUUUCCACGUCAUGAAGGACCUGUCUGUGUACACUCGCAUCACGCCCAACGUCCGCAUGAAAGAGCUGACCAACUUCAUCGGCAGCUUUCCCAGGAAUCAAGAGGCGAAUACUUACCUGCAAAAGUGGCAGGUGAGCUUUGAAGCUCAGCCAGUCAGGAUCAACGCUCGCAUCAUGGAUCGGGAGAAAAUCCUCACCGGUCACCAGGGAAAGAAUGAGAUUUCCUUGGGUGAGAAUGCAGAGUGGAGCAGAGAUCUGCGGAAGGAUCUGCUGAGCUGUAUUGGUCUGCACAACUGGCUGCUGAUCUACACAGCGCGUGAUAGCAAGAAUGCCAUGGAAUUCCUGAACGCCUUCAACACAGUGGCGCCACGUUUGGGAAUUGAAACCAGACCACCCUUAAUAUGUGAGUUACGUGAUGACCGAACCGAAAGCUUCAUUCGUGCUCUCCGACAGAACUUGAGUCCCCAGACACAGAUGGUUGUGUGUAUCCUACCAACUAUUCGUAAGGAUCGCUACGACGCCAUCAAGAAGUUCUGCUGUCUAGAGGCGCCGGUACCCAGCCAGUGCAUUGUGGGUCGCACUAUCAACAAGAAACAGACCGUCAUGUCCGUAGCUACCAAGAUUGCUAUGCAAAUUAACUGCAAGAUGGGCGGAGAGUUGUGGACAGUUUUAAUUCCAUCCAAAAUGUUGAUGAUGGUGGUAGGAAUCGACUCUUAUCACGACUCCGCCACUAGAGGGCGCUCUGUCGGUGGCUUUGUCGCUUCCAUGAAUCAUGACCUUAGUAGGUACUUUUCACGAUGUACAUUCCAGCACACAGGACAGGAGCUCAUUGAUGGUCUCAAAGUCUGCAUGACAAGCGCAUUGAGGAAGUUUAAAGAAAUCAACGGUAAGUUGCCCGAAAGAGUCAUCAUUUAUCGCGAUGGCGUCGGUGAUGGGCAACUGCCGGCUGUGGUGGAGUAUGAACUACCGCAAGUGAUUGAUACCUUCAGGAUGAUAGGAACAGACUAUAGCCCUAAGUGCGCUGUGGUCGUCGUUAAGAAGAGAAUCAACAAUAGAUUUUGCUCCUUGAACCAAGGAAAUCUCGUCAACCCAUCCCCAGGAACGGUGAUCGACUCGGUGGUCACCAAACCAGACUUAUACGACUUCUUCCUUGUCAGUCAGUCUGUACGCCAGGGUACGGUCACUCCAACCAGUUACAAUGUGAUCUGGGACAACUCGGGUCUGGCACCAGACAGCAUGCAAAGCCUGACCUACAAGCUCACCCAUCUCUACUUCAAUUGGCCGGGAACCAUUCGUGUACCGGCCCCCUGCCUCUACGCUCACAAGCUGUCUUUCCUUGUUGGCCAAAGCCUCCACAAAGAGCCCCGGAUUGAGUUGGCUGACCGGCUGUUCUUCCUAUAAGCAGUAAGACCAGGGGUAAUAUGUUAACAAUAGCUGAAGUUUGUCAACGUUAGCAGCUUUUGCUCAAGUGGGACAGACUGUUUUCUGCUGACAUUUGCGAAUGUUAACAACAAAGGCAUAUGGUCUUCCUUUGUCGUAUUAUCAGAAAUGAAACUUUCAUGCUGUAAUGCUAAAGCUUCAUUUUGAAGAUGUCAUCACUAUUUUUCUCUUAGACAAAUUAGCAAAAACAAAGUGGCUAUGGAGAGAUUCCAAAUUAAUGUAAAUGGGGCACAAAAACAUUAAUGAAUGUCUCUUCCAAUUUGUCAUCAGGUGCAAAAAACAUGAAAUGCUCAUGAUGAGGUUUUUGAGAAGUUGGGUCAUUCCAUGGUUCGGAUGGUCACCAUCUCAGAUUUUUGAAAUAUAUUUUUACAUAAGAUUCAAUUGUUUCGAUUUUCCAUAAGAUCCAGUUGUUGCAAUCUUCCAUAAGAUCCAGUUGUUGCAAUCUUCCAUACGAUCCAAUUGUUGCAACCUUCCAUAAGAUCCAAUUGUUGCGAACUUCCUUAAGAUCCAGUUGUUGCAAACUUCCAUUAGAUCCAAUAUUGUUGUGAUCUUCCAUAAGAUCCAAUUGUUUCAAUCUUUUGUAAGAUCCAGUUGUUGCGAUCUUCCAUAAGAUCCUGUUGUUGCGAUCUUCCAUAAGAUCCAAUUGUUUCAAUCCUUUGUAAGAUCCAAUUGUUGCGAUCUUCCAUAAGAUCCAAUUGUUGUGAUCUUCUGUAAGAUCCAAUUGUUGCAAUCUUCCAAUUGUUUGCUUUUUUAUAAGUUAAAAAGAAAAGUUAAUCAAGAAUUUUUUGUAGACUUAAAUUGUAGAAUUGUGAACUUGCACAAAAUGAAGGCUUGUAGAUGAAAUGUGAAAAUUUUAAAUGUGAUUUAUUUUAAGUCACACAAGUUUAAAAAAACCCACAAUUUUAUGAGGUUUCUGAAAGUCUUUUCCAAAAGUGUAUAGCAGUUACAAUUUAGAAAAUCCAUCAUGUGGUUUGUAAUUUGACUGAAACACGAUAGCAGUGUUUUAUGUGUUAUGUACAUCUUACAUCCUGCCAAAAUGCCUUUGAACAAAAUAAUGACUGUAAAUCUUCAAAAUGAAGUUUUUUAUACUUACAAUUUUCCCUGUUUAAGAAAGUGUGAAUAAAAAUUUAGGUUAAAUUUUGUUCUGAGAAAUGUUAGCAAUUGCAGAUUGAAGUCUAGCUGUGAUGUAUAGUCAAAGGGGCUUUGAAUGAGACUUUAAACAUGGACACGUCACUUUGCCCAUAUGCAGGCUAACAAUGUUGCCAAAUUUCUGAUUGGUAUUCUUAACACAGCCUAGUGUUUGCAUGGUGCUUGUGCUCUUCAGCAAGCCACUUUACUGUGACUUUACACUCUCGAAUACUGUGUACUGAGAAACCCAAAUCUUAACAUAGUGCAACCGUGCAGCACAAGAAAACAGACUUUUGCUUGAAGUCCAACACAAUAGACCUCAUGCAUCACAGGCAUCUCAGAGGCUGUUCUUUGUUAUUUUAAUCUAGUAACUAUGAAUACACAAAAGAUAGACUCAUGCCUAGCCAAGCAAUACCAAACCAUUGCCCUCUAACUCCACCCUAAUGCAUAAGGUCUAUUAGUACUGGUCCGUAGAGUGUUUUAAAUCUUGUCAUUGGUUUCUCUGUAAACUCUUUUCACAGCCUUUUUCCAGUCUGCUAAAACUGUCCAUCUUUUCAAGUUGGACAGACAUGUACAUAGAUAGAUAGAUUGUAAUGCUUAUAUAGUGCUAUCCAUCGUAUCAACAAUCUAAAAGCGCCCCGUUCAUCAGGCCACGAGACCACACGGCAGCUGAUAUAUCAGCACACAUUCGGUCUUCUACCCUCACAGUAUACUGAUUUGUACUCCUGGGUGGAGAGAGGCAAUUGUAGUAAAGUGUCCUGCCCAAGGACACAAACACCAUGUUCCUGGCAGGGUUCAAACACCGUAACCACAGGACCAUGGCAUUCUUUAGCCAAUCUACACUUAAAAUGUUAAAAUUGGUCAUUAUUCAAAAUCAGUGGCAAUAGUUGAUAAGAUAGAGGAAACGUCUGGGUUUUUCUUUUUAUUUGAAUGAAGACAUUAAUUAUACUUGAAUCUCAUAUUUACCUUAUUAAAAAAAUGGCAAAUUUGUCUAUAGGUUUUCUGGGCUAUUUUAAAAUGUUUAUCAUUCGAAUUCACCGUUUCUAAUAUUCAAAUUCGUCAAUCAACAUC